AUGACUGACGCCCAGAUGGCUGACUUUGGGGCGGCAGCCCAGUAUCUGCGCAAAUCAGAGAAGGAACGUCUGGAGGCCCAGACCCGGCCCUUCGACAUCCGCACUGAGUGCUUUGUGCCAGACGACAAGGAGGAGUUUGUCAAGGCCAAGAUCGUGUCCCGGGAGGGUGGCAAAGUCACCGCAGAAACUGAGAAUGGCAAGACAGUGACAGUGAAGGAGGACCAGGUGAUGCAACAGAACCCGCCCAAGUUUGACAAGAUCGAGGACAUGGCCAUGCUGACCUUCCUGCAUGAGCCCCCCAUGGGCAUCAUGUCCAUCCUGGAGGAGGAGUGCAUGUUCCCCAAGGCCACCGACAUGACUUUCAAGGCCAAGCUGUAUGACAACCACCUGGGAAAAUCCAACAACUUCCAGAAGCCACGUAAUAUCAAGGGGAAGCAGGAAGCCCACUUCUCCUUGGUGCACUAUGCAGGCACUGUGGAUUACAACAUAAUGGGCUGGCUAGAGAAGAAUAAAGACCCACUCAAUGAGACGGUCGUGGGCUUGUAUCAGAAGUCUUCUCUCAAGCUGAUGGCCACACUCUUUUCCUCUUAUUCUAGUACUGAUACUGCUGACAGCAGUAAAGGCAAAGGAAGCAAGAAAAAGGGUUCAUCCUUUCAGACAGUGUCGGCUCUACACCGGGAGAAUCUGAACAAGCUGAUGGCUAAUCUGAAGACUACUCACCCUCACUUUGUGCGCUGCAUCAUCCCCAACGAACGGAAGGCUCCUGGGGUGAUGGACAACCCCCUGGUCAUGCACCAGCUGCGUUGCAAUGGUGUGCUGGAGGGCAUCCGCAUCUGCAGGAAGGGCUUCCCCAAUCGCAUCCUCUAUGGGGACUUCCGACAGAGAUAUCGAAUCCUGAAUCCCGCGGCCAUUCCUGAAGGGCAAUUUAUUGACAGUCGAAAAGGGGCAGAGAAGUUACUGGGUUCCCUAGAUAUUGAUCAUAACCAGUACAAAUUUGGCCACACCAAGGUAUUCUUCAAAGCAGGGCUGCUGGGGUUGCUCGAGGAGAUGAGGGAUGAGAGGCUAGGCCGUAUCAUCACGCGAAUCCAGGCCCAAUCACGGGGCCAGCUCAUGCGAAUUGAGUUCAAGAAGAUCGUGGAGCGCAGGGAUGCCCUACUGGUGAUCCAGUGGAACAUUCGGGCCUUCAUGGGAGUCAAGAACUGGCCAUGGAUGAAGCUCUACUUCAAGAUCAAGCCACUGCUGAAGAGUGCAGAGACGGAGAAGGAGAUGGCCAACAUGAAAGAGGAAUUUGGGCGCAUCAAAGAUGCACUAGAGAAGUCUGAAUCUCGCCGCAAGGAACUGGAGGAGAAGAUGGUGUCCCUGUUGCAGGAAAAGAAUGACUUACAGCUCCAAGUACAAGCGGAGCAAGAUAACCUUAAUGAUGCAGAGGAGCGCUGUGACCAACUGAUCAAAAAUAAAAUCCAGCUGGAAGCCAAGGUAAAGGAGAUGACUGAGAGGUUGGAGGAUGAAGAAGAGAUGAACGCUGAGCUCACAGCCAAGAAGCGCAAGCUGGAGGAUGAGUGUUCUGAGCUUAAGAAGGACAUCGAUGAUCUGGAGCUGACCUUGGCUAAGGUGGAGAAGGAAAAGCAUGCAACAGAGAAUAAGGUGAAGAAUCUGACAGAGGAGAUGGCUGGGUUGGAUGAGAUCAUUGCCAAGCUAACCAAGGAAAAGAAAGCUCUUCAAGAGGCUCACCAGCAGGCCCUAGAUGACCUUCAGGCAGAGGAGGACAAGGUCAACACCUUGACCAAGUCUAAAGUCAAGCUGGAGCAGCAGGUGGAUGAUCUGGAAGGAUCCUUGGAGCAAGAAAAGAAGGUUCGCAUGGAUCUGGAGCGAGCAAAACGGAAGCUGGAAGGUGACCUGAAGCUGACCCAGGAAAGCAUCAUGGACCUGGAGAACGACAAACUGCAGCUGGAAGAAAAACUCAAGAAGAAAGAGUUUGACAUUAACCAGCAGAACAGUAAGAUUGAAGAUGAACAGGCCCUGGCCCUUCAACUGCAGAAGAAACUGAAGGAAAACCAGGCGCGCAUUGAGGAACUGGAGGAGGAGCUGGAGGCUGAGAGGACAGCCCGGGCCAAGGUGGAGAAGCUGCGUUCGGAGCUGUCCCGAGAGCUGGAGGAGAUCAGUGAGCGGCUGGAAGAGGCUGGUGGGGCCACAUCCGUGCAGAUCGAGAUGAACAAGAAGCGUGAGGCUGAGUUCCAGAAAAUGAGGCGAGACCUGGAGGAGGCCACACUGCAGCACGAAGCCACAGCCGCGGCCCUGCGCAAGAAGCACGCAGACAGUGUGGCCGAGCUGGGUGAGCAGAUCGACAACCUGCAGCGGGUGAAGCAGAAGCUGGAGAAGGAGAAGAGUGAGUUCAAGCUGGAGCUGGAUGACGUUACCUCCAACAUGGAGCAGAUCAUCAAGGCCAAGGCAAACUUGGAGAAGAUAUCUCGGACACUGGAGGACCAGGCCAAUGAGUACCGCAUGAAGCUAGAAGAAACUCAACGCUCCCUUAAUGAAUUCACAACUCAGCGAGCCAAGCUGCAGACUGAGAAUGGAGAAUUGUCCAGGCAGCUUGAGGAAAAGGAGGCACUGAUCUCCCAGCUGACCCGAGGGAAACUCUCCUAUACCCAGCAAAUGGAAGACUUCAAAAGGCAGCUGGAAGAAGAAGGCAAGGCAAAGAAUGCCCUAGCCCACGCACUGCAGUCGGCCCGGCAUGACUGUGACCUGCUUCGGGAGCAGUAUGAGGAGGAGACAGAGGCCAAGGCUGAGCUGCAGCGUGUGCUGUCCAAGGCCAACUCAGAGGUGGCCCAGUGGAGGACCAAGUACGAGACAGAUGCCAUCCAGAGGACCGAGGAGCUUGAAGAGGCCAAGAAGAAGCUGGCCCAGCGACUACAAGAUGCAGAGGAGGCCGUGGAGGCCGUCAAUGCCAAGUGCUCAUCAUUGGAGAAGACCAAGCACCGGCUGCAGAACGAGAUUGAAGACCUGAUGGUGGACGUAGAGCGUUCCAACGCCGCUGCAGCAGCCCUGGACAAAAAGCAGAGGAACUUUGACAAGAUCCUGGCUGAGUGGAAGCAGAAGUAUGAGGAGUCACAGUCAGAGCUGGAGUCGUCGCAGAAGGAGGCGCGCUCCCUCAGCACGGAGCUGUUCAAGCUCAAGAAUGCCUAUGAGGAGUCGCUGGAGCACCUGGAGACCUUCAAGCGGGAGAACAAGAACCUCCAAGAGGAGAUCUCGGACCUGACAGAGCAACUGGGAGAAGGAGGAAAGAAUGUACAUGAGCUGGAGAAGAUUCGAAAACAGCUGGAGGUAGAGAAGAUGGAGCUGCAGUCAGCCCUGGAAGAGGCUGAGGCCUCUCUGGAGCAUGAAGAGGGCAAGAUCCUGAGGGCCCAGCUGGAGUUCAACCAGAUCAAGGCAGAGAUAGAGCGGAAGCUGGCCGAGAAGGACGAGGAGAUGGAGCAGGCCAAGCGCAACCACCUGCGGGUGGUGGACUCGCUGCAGACCUCCCUGGACGCAGAGACACGCAGCCGCAAUGAGGCUCUGCGGGUGAAGAAGAAGAUGGAGGGAGACCUCAAUGAGAUGGAGAUCCAGCUUAGCCAGGCCAAUAGGACAGCCUCAGAGGCCCAGAAGCACCUGAAGAUUGCUCAAGCCCAUCUGAAGGACACCCAGAUUCAGCUGGAUGACUCAGUCCAUGCCAACGAUGACCUGAAGGAGAACAUUGCCAUCGUGGAACGGCGCAAUACCCUGCUGCAGGCUGAGCUGGAGGAGCUGCGGGCCGUGGUGGAGCAGACGGAGCGGUCUCGGAAGCUGGCCGAGCAGGAGCUGAUCGAGACCAGCGAGCGGGUGCAGUUGCUGCACUCUCAGAACACCAGCCUCAUCAACCAGAAGAAGAAGAUGGAGUCUGAUUUGAGCCAACUGCAGUCAGAAGUGGAGGAGGCAGUGCAGGAGUGCAGGAACGCUGAGGAGAAGGCCAAGAAGGCCAUCACUGAUGCUGCCAUGAUGGCAGAGGAGCUGAAGAAGGAGCAGGACACGAGUGCCCACCUGGAACGCAUGAAGAAGAACAUGGAGCAGACCAUCAAGGACCUGCAGCACCGGCUGGAUGAGGCAGAGCAGAUUGCCCUCAAGGGUGGCAAGAAACAGCUGCAAAAACUGGAGGCCCGUGUGCGGGAGCUGGAGAACGAGCUGGAGGCCGAGCAGAAGCACAAUGUUGAGUCGGUCAAGGGCAUGAGGAAGAGUGAGCGCCGUAUCAAGGAGCUCACCUACCAGACAGAGGAGGACAAGAAGAACCUGCUUCGGCUGCAAGAUCUGGUGGAUAAGCUGCAACUAAAGGUCAAGGCCUACAAGCGCCAGGCUGAGGAGGCGGAGGAGCAGGCCAACACCAACCUGUCCAAGUUCCGCAAGGUGCAGCAUGAGCUGGACGAGGCGGAGGAGCGGGCGGACAUCGCUGAAUCCCAGGUCAACAAGCUUCGGGCCAAGAGCCGCGACAUUGGUGCCAAGAAAAUGCAUGAUGAGGAGUGA